AUGCAUCAAUCGCCUCCACCGCGCGCACCCGGCGGCCGGGCGCGCCGGACGCUCAGCGGCAGCGGCAGCACAGACGGCCCACUGGCCGACGCCGCGCCCGCGCCCGCACCGCCGCGCCCGCUGGUGCGCGCCUGCCGCUUCUCGCUGCUGCUGCUCGCGUCCAUGGGGCUGGCGACGCUCGUGCUGGCGGUGGGCGUCAAUUACAUGCUUCACGCCGGCGCGACAGCGGCGUUUUUGAACGACCUCUCGAGCCUCUCAGCAACCUACAGCCUUCCCUUCUCCAACCACUCCGGCUACGGCGGCAACGCCGCGGCGGCGGCUGCGGCGGCGGUCCGCGGCGGCCCAUACGCGGUCACGCUCGUGCCGCGCGGCGCCCUGAUCGUCGUCUCGGCGGGCUCGCAGCAGGCGCCGCCCCCACCGCCGCCGCCGCAACGGUUCGUGCACCCCUUCCCGGACGCGAGGCGCCGCGUGGCCCUUCCACAGAACGACACGUCCCCGCGCUGCGCGCGCAGCAAGAUAUGCGACGGCGACCACAGCUGCGGCCCCGACGGCCUGGGGUGCGUGAUUGACGCGGCGCGGCGGCGGGCGGCGGUCAGGGAGGCGAUUCAGUGGAGCUGGCGCGGCUACAGCAAGUAUGCGUGGGGUGACGACGAGGCUGACGUCACCGGCAAGAACCCGAUGUCCUGGUUCGGGUUGGGUUUGACCAUCGUUGACUCGAUCGACACGCUGCUGCUGGCGGGGCUGGAAGCAGAGUACCUAGAGGCGCGCCAUUGGGUCGCCAAUCGGCUGAAGUUUCCUGAGGCCAGCGUACAGUUAUUCGAGGUGAACAUCCGCAUCUUGGGCGGCCUGCUGUCCGCCUACUACCUGUCUGGGGGGGACGACGCCUUCCUCCACAAGGCGGAGCAGCUGGGGGAGCGCCUCCUGCCGGCCUUCAACACGGGCUCGGGCCUGCCCAUCCCCCAGAUCACGGUGAGCCCUUGA